AUGGAAGAAGCCCUCAUGGAAAUGGAUCAUUAUAAUCACACACACGUUGUGCCUGACACUCUUUCCUUUGCUAGAAGUUAUCAACUUGAAGCGUUGGACAGAGUGAUUCGUGAGAAUACCAUAGUCUACGCUCAUCACCUUCGAAAGCCUUCUCCUUACAUUGUUGUUUUUUUGGUUCCCAAAGUUGUACUGGUUUCUCAACAAGCUACAGCCUUGAGAAAUCACACUGAUUUGAAAGUUGGAAUGUAUUGGGGAGACAUGGGUGUUGACUUUUGGGAUAAAGCUACAUGGGAAAAUGAAUUGGGGAAGCACGAGGUACUUGUAAUGACACCAGCAAUAUUGCUUGAUUGCUUGAGGCACAGCUUUAUCAAACUAAAUAUGAUAAAGGUUUUAAUAAUGGACGAAUGCCAUCAUGCUGCGGGAAAACACCCAUAUGUUUGUAUCAUGAUUGAAUUUUAUCAUCGUCAAUUAAGAUGUGUUACGUAG